AUGUCUUUAGAUUUCUUCCAUGAAUUUAAAAGGGCUGACGAGCAGAGACUUGGACUUGUUGGCUUUGUCCCAAUGCAAAAGUUAUUGAAUUUUUCUUUUGGUACAGCAGGGGAAGAGAGAAGGGCAGGCUCAACUAGAAUUUUAAGGAGGCCUCUCCUGCCAAAAAGGUAUUAAAAAGGACUAUCUGGCCUGAGCAAACAGGGUUGGGUAAUGUCAGCGUUUGAGUUGGAAGUGGAGGCUUCGGUUAAAUCCCUGUGAUUCGAUCAUAUUAAAAAUGCCUCUGCUGAAAAACCUGAGGUUUCAUUCUAGCUCAAGUUGCCUUGAUGGAUCCCACAGCACAGCUAACCCUUGUGAGCGCAUGAUGCAUAGGAAGUGGGGGCCUAUAAAUACACAUCACAAUCUAAUCUAGAUAUCUUUCCCGACUUCCUUCCGAAACGAUUCGGACUAAAAUAUGAGCCUCCCACAAUAGUGUUAGAAUACCUAGUUCCCUCCACUGGAAAGCUCUACCAUCACAAGAUGAGAUUACGUGAGCUCCAGCCCCAAGAUAACCCUCGAGAUUGGAUUCAAAAGCUCAGAAAGAAGCAUAGCAUGUAUCUCCCCCCAGCCAAAAUCUCUGACGACCAAAUCGUAGACCUCAUUCGCCACCUCCAACAAAAACUAGAAAAUGAGAAUCCUCGACGACCCAGCAGAAAUUCAGGAUCUCCUACAAAGGACGAAAUUGAUUUGAAUAAACUGACACCUGAAGAAGUUUUGCUCCAUAAGCAGCAAAUGGAUACCGUUUUUAAACAGAAUGCGCUACGGCCAGGGGAUCCUGGAUAUAUAUAUGAUGUAAGAAAAGAAUUCAAAGUUGUUGAAGAUAGCGGCUGGGAUGAAGAUGAGGAGGAGGAUGAUAUUAUUUUAUAA